UGUUAGUUGUUGUUCCUAGAGUAUUUAAAAGUAGAAUGGGAGGCAGAGCCUUCAGCUUUCCAGCCCCUCUACUGUAGAACCAGCUUCUAGUUUGGAUUCAGGAGACAGACACUAUCUCUACUUUUAAAAUUAGGCUUCAAAGUUUCUUUUUUGCUAAAGCAUAUAGUUAGGGCUGUAUCAGGUGACCCUGAGUCCUUUCCUUAGUUAUGCUGUUAUUGGUCGGUCAGUGCACAUGGCUGCCCGUCCCUGAGACUGGUUUUGCCGGAGGGUUCUUCUUGUGAUUCGAUGCCAUACAAAUAAAACUGAAUUAAAUUAAAUCGUUGCAUGAGUUAUGGUGAGAGCAAACUACAGUCUGAUGAUUUGGAAGGUCUGACUGUUGGAGAGCUGAGCUAGGAUUUUUGUUUUUUUUCUGCUACUUGUGCACAUGGAGCGACUGUCGGGCUGUGAGGAGUGUUUUUAGGCUUCCUGUUUGAAGUGCAGCCCUCACGCUGCAACGUUUUAGCAAACGCCGACAGUCAGAUAGUUGGAGAGUGGUUUUUCUGCCGAGUGUGUCCCAGUGAGCUGGGCUGCAUAAUGUGCCAUUACACCCACGCUGGCAGUGUACGCUAACGAGUGUCUCUGGACGAUGGAGUGCAGCUCAGCAUGAGAUAGCAGCAUGUGCUGAUGUAUUCAUUCACUCCUCCUCUUCACCUUUCUCCUCCUCUGCCUGUCCGCUGAGAGCUCCUCAUCUCCAUCUUAUUACUCGCUGCUGUUUUGUGUUCUUUGCAGAAAACGCUGCUGCAGAGCUGAUCCCCGGGGAAAGAAACACAGGACGCCAUAUUUGAUUCCAUCAUCCAACUCCUCACAGCACGUAGCUGGGUGCUGUUCUCCUCCUCCUCCUCUUCCUCCUCGCCCCUCAUUGUGUUCUGAUCCUCUUUAUUGUUGGAAGUUGAGUCGCCACCGCUGGGUUGCCCGCUCCCUACUUCCUCCUCCUCUCCCUUCCUGCCAUGUCCAACGACAGCGGCGUCCUCCACGUCUGGGAGGCCUCCGAUUGGGCAGACACCUCUCAGUGCCCUCCCUCAGUAGGCGGGGCAACAUUCCUCAUCGUGGCAUACAGCGCUGUCAUUGCCAUUGGGUUGCUAGGCAACGCAGGUCUGGUGUUCAUCAUUGCCCGGCAACAGGAGUUGCGCAACGUCACCAACAUCCUGAUCGCCAACCUGUCGUGCUCCGACAUCCUUAUGUGCAUCGUGUGUCUGCCCGUCACCGUCAUCUACACGCUGAUGGAUCGUUGGGUGCUGGGGGAGGCCCUGUGCAAGGUGACGCCCUUUGUUCAGUGCAUGUCGGUGACAGUGUCGGUCUUCUCCCUGGUGUUGAUCGCUUUGGAGCGCCAUCAGCUGAUCCUCCAUCCCACUGGCUGGUCCCCCGCCGCGGGACACUCCUAUCUGGCUGUGGGGCUGACAUGGCUGGUUGCCUGCUUCAUUUCACUGCCUUUCCUCUCCUUCAACAUCCUCACCAAUGACCCAUUCCAGAACAUCAGCCUCCCUGCCAACCCCUUCAGGGAUCAUUUGAUCUGUAUGGAGCUGUGGCCGUCAGACAAGCAUCGCCUAGCCUACACGACCUCGCUGCUUAUCUUCCAGUACUGCCUGCCCCUUCUGCUGGUGCUCCUCUGCUACCUCCGGAUCUUUCUACGCCUGAGACGUCGCAGGGACAUGCUGGAGCGCAGCAGGAGGACUCGAGGAGCCCAGAGGAUAAACGUAAUGCUGCUGGCCAUCGUCAUAGCCUUUGCUCUGUGCUGGCUGCCACUGAAUGUCUUCAACACUCUGUUUGAUUGGCACCACCAGGCCCUCCCAGACUGUCAGCACGACACAGUCUUCUCUGCCUGUCACCUGACGGCGAUGGCCUCUACCUGCAUUAACCCCAUCGUUUACGGCUUCCUCAACAGCAACUUCCAGAGGGAGCUGAAGUUGACACUGCAACGCUGCCAGUGCGGCAACCGGGCUACAGAGAGCUACGAGAGCUUCCCUCUAUCCACCGUGGGCAGUGAGGGCAUGACCAAAGCAACGUCACUCAACAGGAUGGGCUCGAUGUGCAUCCCCUCACCAAGACCUGAGAUUGGUUCAGCAAUACUUGCCAAGACAUUACCAGCUGCCACCUAAAAUCAAGGACUAUGAGAACUGUCUUCUGACAGGUGGUUCAUCAGCGGUUCACAGCUGGAGGCAGUGUGCUAACAGCUGGCUGGGAUGACUGUGUAAUCAAAUGCUGCUUCAUCUUGGCUUGGGUUCCAUCACUUCACUGCCAGAGAUAAACAGCUGAUUUGACCUGUCACCAAAUGUUUGGUGACAGGAAUGAAUGAAGAGGCUGAACGAUGCUGCUUUGAGUCCCGAACACGAGCAGGAAUCCUUGUUUAGAGUAACUCUACUGAGUGACAGAAGAGAGAGGAGGCAGGAGAGCUGGUAGCAGGGACUUUUCAGUAAGACACGCCCCUUAGUUACUAUAACUAGGGCUAUUAGUUUUAGCUUUUCUCGAAUGUUGUUUGAGUGCUGCAACCAGCCAUUCUACAGCAUGUCAAAAUGGCAACAUUCUAACGACAUUCUAGUGUCAUAGACACAGUGGUGGGUUCUGUUGGUCAGUCUGUUGGUUGGACAGUCUGUCCACCAACAGACUGACUGACAGAACAAACAGCUAACCAAAAGACCAUACAACCAACAGACUAACAAACCAGCUGACCAAAAGAUCAUACAACCCACAGACCAACCAAUGGACGGAGCAGCUGAUCCACAGACCGUCCACCCGACAGACCGACAAGCUGACCUACAGACUGUCCACCCAACAGACCAACACACUGACCAGCUGACCGACAGACCAUCCACCCAACAGACCGAACAACAGACCAAAAAGCUGACCCACAGACGGUCUAACCAACAGAUGGACUGACCAAUAGACCGACCAGCUGUUCAAAAGAUCGUCCAACCAAAGACUUUGGUGUUGAAAGAACUGAAAUCAGCUCACCUAACAGAGUGUCAGCAGCUGCAGCGCCAUAUUUUCUUCACAUUUUUCUACAGACAGAACCAGUGGCCCCUCCCACUCUGCAAUGAAGCAGGGGAUGUUGGUGGAACCAGGUUACACUGCUUUGAAGUUUUUUUUUGUGGAAAGAGCUCAGCAGGAGCACAGACUGUUACUGCUGCUGAAAAAUGUACUAAAAACUGAAGGAAACUAACAAAAUCAAGUUUAAAAAAUGGUUCUAUUACCGAAGCCAAUGUGAGAUCUCUGGCUAUCUCUGCCAACAUUUACUGCCAAAAUUCUUUUGCAGUUCUUCAGUUUACUUUCAGACACAAAUUAUUUAGUGUUGCACACAGGUGUUGAUUUGAUGAGAUGAAAUGACGACUGUGACUGACAGUUGUAUAAAAUCACCUAGCAAUCGGGUUAACAUUUGAGACCGUUUUAAGUAGCUGAGUAAAAGCUGUAAAAGUUAGUAGUAGGUCCCAGGUAAAGUGUCAGCAUCUUGAACAGCAUAGAAAUAAAACCAGAGCUCUGUCACAGUGUAGCUGCCAAGCAUGCCAGUGUUGCAGGCUGUUUUAAAGCAGUUAAAGUAGAUCUGUCCUGUUCUCUCUUAUUGUCUGUCACAUAUAUCCUUUUCAUUUUAAACAUCACCAAAAUUUCAAAUAUUGUGCUCAGAGUAUGUAGAAAUAAUCACUGAGGCUGUGCACAGCUCUAAAUUAAUUUAAUCUUUUUUCUCUAUUCUUGGAACUGUAUUUGAUGCCACAGACAGAGAUGAUGUCCUUGAAUGGUCAUCUCAUUUCACCCACUUCUGCUAAAGGGGGGCAGAAAUUAAAUGAAUGUUGGUUUACAUUACAGGGAAAGAAGUGAAGGCCUAAUGUUUAAUUAAUAGUGGUUCAUUUGAGCUACUCUGGCUCAAGAUUAAUAAUACAUAACUCAGAAUUAGGAUAAGAGGACCCUGUCAACACAGAAGUCAUUUUAAUCUCUUAGUAUAGACAUGCCUUGUAUUAACGGUUUGGGGUUUAGUUGAGUUACGUUAGGUUAGGUUCAGUUGAGUUCAGUUGAUGAGUUCGUUGAGGUGGGGUGCGGUUGGGCGAGGUUGAAUUGAUGAGUUGGGUUGAAGUGAGUUUGGUUGAGUUGGGUUAGGUUAGUGUAAACGAUGUGCAACAGACCCGACCACAUCUCAGCGCUUUUCUGCGUACACUUUUCUUUAUUGCGAUUACUGUUCAUAACAAUACUCACACUGCAGCUUUCCAGCUCACAGGAGAAGAUUAGUAACUUACAUGCAGCGGAAAACAAUAUGGUUGCAGGUUAUAUGGUCAUAUGGUUAACAAUUGCAGAAGUUGUUAAUAAAAUCCACUGAGUGAGUGACUCUGUGCUAAUGUUAGCGUUUAUAUACUUGAGCCGAUUUUGUCCUAAUUUCAGUGACUGCAUCUUAAAUAACAUUUUUAAAGAUGUUAUUUAGCCUUAUUCUGUGCUGAAUGAAAAGAAAUGUUUCACACUCAGUUUGUAGCAGCUUCACACACUCUUACACUAUUCUACUGUUCAUGUCAGAUGUACUGUUAUAGUUACAGUUACUAUUACACUUACAGUUAUCCAUCCCUGUCUUUCUUCCUUUUUGUUAAAGCAUAAAUUUUAUUUCUUAUAUCUCUAAAAUCUCCUCCUGUCUUUUGCAGAUGGAAAAUAAUGCCGUUUUUGGGAUUCUUUCCAGUACGGGUUUUCAAUUUGAUCAACAUUUGAGCAAUUUUAGAAGCUAUAAAUUUUCCAUACAUCCGAAUGAUAACAAAUGUUAAAAGACCCAGUUUCUAAUCUCCUUCUUAAAAAAUAAAACCUAUCUGGCUGUGCAUGUUUGUUCUCUCUGUGGAGUCAUUUCUGUUUUAAACUCAUUUCGUUUUUGGUUCAAAUGACCAAACGUGGGACCAAACUUUUCUUUCUCAUAUAACUGGGGAUGAGUUUCCUCUGUCAGCUUCUUCAUGCCAUUUAAGUGAGAAAGGUGUAGUCUGUGUGGGGCUGUUGGGUAAUGUAGUGCAGAAUGUUUUCAUUAAAAACACCAAGUUUAAAGUUGAAAAGUGUCUUUGUUGUUCUUUCCUUCUCAGGCAAGAAACUUUUGUGGGAUCCUGCCCAUAGAAAACAUAGAACACUUUUUGCCAAUCUCCCUUCAAGACCUUCUGCACCUCUGGAUGGCCGUCAAUAUGCUUCUUCUUCUUCUUAAAGGGCUUCAUAUAAAUCCUAAUAUUACUACCAGAAGAGCAUGAGAAGAGUCUUGAAGGUCUUGACUGCCCAAAUUAAAAACAGGAAAGGUUUCAUUCUAGCUCACAUACCUUCUUCCUGUUCCAGGAUUAGUUCAAGAAAAUGCUGAAUUUCUCAAAACUGCGGUUUUCCUCAACAUAACAAUCCAGGUGGAUGUUUUCAGAUUUUUACAGAAUGGAUUUUGGAAGAGGAAGCGAGCUGCUCGCUAGCAACACUAACACUAACCUAACAGUAACAACACAAUCUGCACCCAGAUGGAUUGGUCCAGAGGGAAUGAGAGUGGAUGGCUGGCAGAACUGGAUGGGGUAAUGAUUGAUUGAAGAGGCUUUUUACAGGUUAGAGUUAUUAGUAUUUGCUCUUUUAACUGCUCAGGCAUCAGUCUCUAUGGCUGAAGAACACUGCAGUUCUUCUGCUGUCCAGCAGAGGCAGCAGGGUUUACAGUCUGAUACACAAACGUUAUAGAUAAUUUCCUCCUUCAUAACAGCUGUAUGGUUGGAAGCUUUUUAUAACUUACUUGUUUAAUGUGUUUAUUGUUAGGGGCAUUGCCAGUUGUGCGAAUUUUUCUAAUUACAAGUCAUAUUUAUGUUCAUGUCUUAUUUUUUUAAGCUGAGCUGCAGUCUGUGCACAAGACAAAUAAAUUCAAAACUUGACUUUUUUCCCCAGAGACAGUGUUAGAAAAAUAUCUGUGUAAUCUGAUGACUGAUAAAUAAUGAAGUCAUUAGCUGUAAAGUUCCAGACUGUGGCCACACUGGUGACCAUUCUUAUGUUUUGAUCUAAGUUGAACUUGUAACCUGCAGAGAAAUCAAAGCGCACAGCUCCCUCAGAAUGCUCACACCUCUGCUCGGUGGAUCUCAGAGAGAAGAAAUGAGCCAGGUCUCCUGCUGAGCGGGCCCCUUCAGGAGGCUGAGGAGGUGGCAUUGGAGGCUAGAGAGCUCUCUCGUUUAUCCCCACACAGCUCACUGCUGUGCAGUCAGGCUGCUGCCAUCAGACACUGAAGGAAACCUGCACAGGUGAGCUCACCUGAAGUUCACAUAGUGACCACCGGUGUCAGUAACAACAGUGAUGUCCUGGAAGCUGUGCAGAACUCUUUAACAUUUGCAUCUUAAACCUUUUUUUAAGUGAACAGCACAGACAGCAGGAAGACCCCAAGCACCACAAGAAAAGGAGCGCGCACACACACAAACACUUUCACAAACACAGACAGACACAUACACACACAUGUUGGUAUUACAGCAGCACCGGAGCGAAGA